CACAGUAUGUAGAAUAAACUAUACCAGCUUACAGCAUUUUUGUUUUUGUAUUGUCAAUUCCGCAGCUAGAAUGAAGCACAUCAACUUGUCGUUUGCAGCGUGUGGGUUUCUGGGCGUUUACCACUUGGGGGCAGCAUCUGCACUUUGCAGACAUGGCAAACGGCUCAUGAAGGAUGUCAAGGCCUUUGCGGGGGCUUCUGCUGGAUCCUUGGUUGCUUCUGUACUCCUAACAGCACCAGACAAAAUAGAGGAAUGUAACCAAUUUGCCUACAAGUUUGCCGAAGAAAUUAGAAGGCAGUUUUUCGGGGCAGUUACACCUGGUUAUGACUUCAUGGCCCGAUUGAGAAGCGGAGUGGAGUCGAUUCUUCCUUCCAACGCUCACGAGCUGGCCCAGAAUCGACUGCAUGUAUCCAUCACCAACACCAAAACCAGAGAAAAUUACUUAGUCUCAAGUUUUUCCUCCAGGGAAGACCUCAUUAAGGUACUCUUAGCUAGCAGUUUCGUGCCCAUCUAUGCAGGCCUGAAACCAGUGGAAUACAAAGGGCAGAAGUGGGUGGACGGCGGCCUCACCAAUAGCCUUCCCAUCCUGCCUGUCGGUCGCACAGUGACCAUCUCCCCCUUCAGUGGACGAUUGGACAUCUCCCCGCAGGACAAAGGGCAGCUGGAUCUGUAUGUUAAUAUCGCCAAACAGGACAUAAAGUUGUCCCUGGCAAACCUGGUGCGGCUCAACCACGCCCUCUUCCCGCCAAGCAAGAGGAAAAUGGAAUCCCUGUAUCAAUGUGGUUUUGACGACGCUGUUAAGUUUUUACUUAAAGAAAACUGGUUUGAAUAAGAUGCUUAAGUCUAUGAUGCAAAA